AUCACUGCAUGGUCCAAAGUUUAAAUAAGAAAUAUCCAAAUUCCGAUAACGGUUCUAUUCAUUGAAUGCACCAUAAUUUCUUAACUCAAUGCUGCCAUCUGUCGAGAGACACGUUGGACGCAAGUUUAAUUAAUGCACGCAUAUAAUUUUUGAGUUGAAACCAUGCACGGUGCCAGGAUUAAAAAAAUAAAUAACAUUAAAAUGUAAAAUUAAAUGUUUAGGUGCGAUCUUUACCCGGGCCGUUACUCUCGAACGUCCAUUAGUCUCUUCAAGUCCGCAGAUCCGUUUUGAAAUAAAAAAUAUAUGUAGAUAUCAACAUCACUUAAAAUUACUACCUUAUUGUACAAAAUUGUUCGUACUGUGUAUGUAAUUGGAAUUACAAUAUAAAUACCAUUGGCUGCCUUUGUUACUAAAGGUGUCACCGAGUGCCGAUAAUUUAAUACAUGGAGAAAGAGAAAGUCAAUGGAUAAAAGAUGGAGAGGCGAGUAGUUAUUUUUAAUGUUUUUUUUUUCAGUGAAACAUCUCCACAGAGAACCCCCCACACACAUACAAAGAAAUCAACCCAAUCUAAUAAUCAAUAUAAAAUGUGUGCCUUUUAAUGUCUUACCUCUAGAUGGUAGACUGCGAUUGUUCACGGCACGGCGUCGAGUGGUAUCUUGGCUACGACGGAGUUGAGUGCUUGACUGGAAUUCAAGUGGUAUCCUAGAAACGAUAUCGAAAGAACGCAGAAAAAAGCGGACCUCGUUAAGAGCGUUCUCAUUAAUGUGAAAGAAAUGAGCGGAGUGAGGGUUUAAACAUGUACGGGCGUGCUCCAAGAGUCACCUUCUUGCCAAAUAGUGAGACCUCAGCUACAGUCGGUCCUGGAUCAUACAACCUAAAUUCAAGAAGACACUCCACAGGGUCAGAUGGCUAUGCUCCAUUUUUGUCCUUGGCUAGCAGACUACCAUUGAUCAGCGAGUCCUGUGCAACAGAACCGGGACCUGGGUUCUAUGAUACCUCACCUUUGAAGCUAAAUGUCCAUGGUGGCUGCAGUCUUCGGAGCCGCUCCAGGCGCUUCGAUGACCUGGCGUGUGAAGGUCCGGGCCCCGGGGCGUAUGAUCUCUCGCAGCCUGCCAGCACCAGCCACAAGCUGAGGGCUCGUGCAAAUGUUGCUGUGCUUGGUGGCAGUCGGGCGCAUCCUGCUAAAAGUUUGCUGCAGCGAAUUGCUAGCCAGUACGAUGUGCCAUCCAUUCCUUCCCCGGGUCAGGCAUGUGGCUAUGAAGAGGAUGCCUCAGGUGUGCUCCGCAAACAGGAGCCUCCGCACAGAGACACAACCCUGGGCCCGGCCUACUACAAUCCUUUGAACGCUGCAAAGACCCAGAAAUACAAAGGCAUAUACUUUGGCAACAUGACAGCCAGGAGAGAACAGGUGACCAAGGAUGAAGGUCCAGGGCCGGGCCACUACUACCCUGAGAUUGUUCCUGAAACGCACUAUGAAAAUGUGAACAUGCGAAAAGAGCAGAGGGUCAGGGUGGAACUUGUCAUUCCUCGAUACCACCAAUUGUUGACCCAACUGGAACACAAGAAGGGCAUUCCGGGUCCUGGCCACUAUGACAUCAAAGGACAGUUUGAGAGGCUCAGUGACAAAAAGCAGCAAGUCACCGCCGCCUUUCUUUCUCAGACUGAGAGGUUCAAGCUUGCCAAGGAAGAGUCGCCGCCUGUUGGUGCCUAUAAUGACCCACGGUGCGCCAUUCAAAUGUCUCACGAUGCGACAAGGGUGCGCAACAGCCCGUUUGGUGUCACAGCGGAACGUUUCCCACCGAACCACAACGGAGGUUGCACACCAGGUCCCGGCUCCUAUAACGUCCUGGACUUGGGUUUGGCCCAGGAAAGUUUAAAAAGGGCAUAUUCAGAGCGAGCCAGGAAAGGGGGCUUUGGCUCCACCGCUAAACGCAGCAGCAUUUUCCUCAACAAGGAGUCCAUACAAGGACCCGGCCCAGGAGAUUACCAGGUGGAAACGCGUCCAGAGGAGCUUUACAAAAAGCAGCACACAGCCGCAUUCAGAUCAGCCACGCAGCGCCUGGCAUCCUCAACUGUGGCCAAAGAUUCUCCUCCACCCAAUACGUACAACAUAAACAGUCCACCAAAGGGCACAAGUGGUCACUUUGAAGCUCGGAGUAAAGAAGCCAGAAGACGACAAAGCUGCUUCCUGUCAGCGGCACCGCGACAAACUGCUUCCUUUCUAGGCUGUGUGAACACUGGACCAGGUCCAGGCGAGUAUAACCCAAGUGUGAGAUGCUCCCCUCCUAUGUGUCUGAUGGCCUCUCGAGAAGAGCGAUUCAAAGAGAACACCGAUACCAAUCCAGGACCUGCCGAUUACCAGUUGAGUCCAGGCAUCAUGAACACUGUGCUAAAGGGAACCUUUAACGCGACUCUCAACAAUCCUCUGAUGCAUCGACCCCGCCUCGCUGCCCAUCUUCUACCGCAAUACAAGGCCAGUGAUGCCGUUUCCCACCAUACCUUUGCUGCCACCACUAUAUCUUAAGUUACACAAGAGGGUACACACACCAUUUAACUCAUACAGAGACCCCACAUAUGACAAAGAAGAAAUGGGGGGCAAAGGUAGUUGUCACAGCUGAAAAGUGAAAAUAUUUCAAUCCACUCCCUCCUUAUGUCGCGGGGUUGGAGGAUGACAUAAAAGUGGCCAGCGACAACACAGGGGUCGUAUUUUUCGCUAUUUGCUACGAUGGAUAUAUGUUCCUUUGUAUUCGGCGUAGGCAAAUUCGUACACAUCUCAGAGCUCGCUACAGUGUAUCAGUAAGUUACGCUAACACACUAGUCAAGUCAAAAUACGGUAAAUUUUUGUAUGAUAAACAUGAUUCUACUACAUCAGGUAUCACACUGUGGUUGACUUGCACACAGGAAGCGCUGCAAACUCAUUUAUCAUGUGCCAUUCUUAGCCUCGAAAUGUCAGGACUCCAUGUAUCCUGCUUCAGCAAAGCUCAAAGUCAAGCGGUGGAUUAGGGAGACUCUUCCAUUCCUCUGAUGAAGAUUUUCAUUGGAAUAUGUCAUAGAUCACAUUUACUUACCCUGAAUUUACAGCUGCAGAUUUUUCGCACUCAAUUGGGGUGCGGAAAAAAAAGAAAAAAAAACACGUACAUUUUUUCUUAAUGCUUGCAGGAAGCAGUUUGGAUAAUCUCUUCGUUCACACUGAAUAUAUCAAUUUACAGCACUUUAGAAAAAAAAGACAUUUGAUUGAACUAAAAUUCUCAAACAUCUAAUCUAAAAGCUGCAAGUUGGCUUUCUAGCAUAUUGCUUUUAUAGGCUUGUAGCACCUCCUGAGGGAGCAUGUUUUAUUUAAUGACAAGUAGCUCAGAAGACAAUUCGAGGGUGGAAAAAAAAAAGCCAUUAAAACGCCUAAAGGUCCAAAGCCAUAUUUGCAGACUGGGCAUAAAUCACAGGGUCGUUCAUUAUGUAGAGUUCUGCUGACCAAAGUUGCAUAGAUUACUCAUAACUCUUCACCAAUGUGGUCUUUGCACGCUAAUGAAAUUAGCCUUUUAAUUGACACUUUACGCAUUACAAAAUUCCUAUUUUCCCACUGGGAAUAAUGACUGUUGACAUCAAAUUGUUAGCGAAAUAAUACCAAAGAUGAGCUGCAGCAUUUAAAACAGCGCCUGCUCAAGUCAAACAUGAUACUUUUUAACAUUAUUCUCUGUCAUACAAGUGUAUACAUACUGUACACUACUCACAAAACAAGUUAUAGCCAAUGCUUUCAGGGGAAAUUUUAGAAUCAACCAAAAAUACACUCUUAAUCUCACAGGUGACCUUACUGAGUGUUUGUUGUGUCAACAUUGCUAGCAAGAUUAUUGCCUUACUUUGCAAAGCUCCCAACAUGCUACUAGUUGCUGACCAAAGCCACGCCCCUCGCUAAUAUCAACAAGCACAAAUUCACAGAGAACACACAUCAGCAUCAACAAAAUAGCUGGGCCAGCAAUAGAAAGCUAGCAUUAGCACCUUAAUAUGUUUGCAUUAGCCAUGAAUGCUACAUUGGCAUGACUUUCACUUUUUGCAAACUCCCCCAUUAAAUUAAAAGUUAAAUACAACUGAACUAUACAUGGCCAGUGAUUCUGUCGUGUACCACUAGGAGUGAGUCUGCGUACAACUCUUGGUACUCCUACCUUUUAGAACCGCAAAGAUAUUGUAAAUAAAUGCAAGCCUGUGUACAAGCAGAGGGAAGAUGAGAAAAGUCGACUAGUAUUUACGCCUCCCUUGACAGUCGUCUUUACCUUUUUUUCUUUUUUUUUAUCCCUGUGAGCUGUUUUACCAUCAGUGAUCUAAUUAAAUGAAAUAAAUCAGGCGGUCACAGCCCCACCUGAUUCCCGGACUAUCUCCCACACCCCCAACCAAUUGUAUAAAUCUCCAUUAUGGCGCAUUACGCGGCACAUCACUCAUGUUGUUUAUUGGUGGGGAAAAUAUGUAAACAGAGCCGAGCCCCGUAAAACAGUGAUGGAUGCUCAAACGGGCACUCCGCCGCGUCAACGGGCCACUAAGCGACGUCUCGUGCGGGCUCAAAGACAUACGGUGCGUCGUCCUGAAACCCGGAUUUCAUUGUAGGCUUCUUUUUAUGUCCUCAUUCGCUAAAGGGCUCUGUCUCCGAGCAUUAUUUAAUCUAAUCAGCUUGACGCUCUCUCCCUCAAUAGAGCUCUUGAUAAUUGUAAAAUGGAGGUUGAUCAGGGUUUUUGUUUUUUUGUUUGUUUUUUAUUGGUUAGCAAACGCCAGACAGCUGCUGGAGUAGCCACUUAGGGAAGAUGAUUCUGUAUGCAAAUGAGCUUGACUUCACUAGGGGACAAAGCAAUACAGACUUUUAUUAUGUCACUGUCCAACAAAAAAUGUUAUUUUCCCUUUUUUCCCGAAACAAGACCUACAAAAAUAAUUAAAUGUAUAAAAAUCACUGACACAACAAUAAAUAAAGUUCUAAUAAAUACUAAUGAAUACAUAUUAGAACAGUGUGAAUCAAGAUAGAUGUGCACCUUUAAAUCAUAUGAUAAUAAUAACAGCGAUGAUCCAAAUAAAAAUCUGUAAGAUAUUAACAAUGGUGUAUGAUAUUUUAAAUAUGCAAAAACUGUUGUGUUUUAUGCCUCCCUUUUUUUCCCUAUUACUUCAAGGGAAAUUCUCUGACAUUUAUUUCACACGCAUUCUAAAAUAAAAAUUGAGAAUAUCGCAAAUUUAGCAUAAUUCUUCCUGUGUGUUGCUUUUUGUAUUAUUUCAUUGGAAUGCAUUCUUGAUUUUUAUGAUCAUUCUAUUUUAAUUCACAAUUUCUUACAUAUUUUGUAAUUUAAAUAUAUUUUUUUGAUUAUAAUGUUGAUUUUGUGUUUUCAUUAAAAACCUGAACGUCA